GCGCCCCCGUCCCCGCCGGCUCGGAGGAGGGGGCAGGCCGUCCUGUUUCCCCACACCCCUCCCAGCCGCCGCCGGCUUUGGGGCCCCGGUGGGGAGCAGGGGGCUGAUUAGCCGAGGAGCAGGGGUGUGGCCAGCGGGGCCCUGGGUAGUGAGUCACACAUGCUGCUCGCCCAGUCCAGGGGCCGAGCGCGAUCCCAGCCCGAGCUGGGCGCUGCCCUGGCCCGAAGAGUGUCCCCGGGCUUGGCAUGAGGACCCAGGGGUGCCGAGGGAGGGGCUGAAGCCCUGCGCGGUGGUGGAGGAGGGCGGACAGAAUGACUGAGAACAUGAAGGAGUGCCUGGCGCAGACCAAGGCGGCCGUGGGGGACAUGGUGACAGUGGUGAAGACGGAGGUGUGCUCGCCACUCCGUGACCAGGAGUAUGGCCAGCCCUGCUCCAGGAGACCAGACCCCUCAGCCAUGGAAGUGGAGCCCAAGAAACUGAAGGGGAAGCGUGACCUCAUCAUGCCCAAAAGCUUCCAGCAAGUGGACUUCUGGUUCUGUGAGUCCUGCCAGGAGUACUUUGUGGAUGAGUGCCCGAACCACGGUCCCCCAGUGUUUGUGUCCGACACGCCGGUGCCCGUGGGCAUCCCAGACCGGGCCGCCCUCACCAUCCCGCAGGGCAUGGAGGUGGUCAAGGAAGCCAGUGGGGAGAAUGAUGUGCGAUGCAUCAAUGAGGUCAUCCCCAAAGGCCACAUCUUCGGCCCCUACGAGGGGCAGAUCUCCACCCAGGACAAAUCGACUGGCUUCUUCUCGUGGCUGAUUGUGGACAAGAACAACCGCUACAAGUCCAUAGACGGGUCCGACGAGACUAAAGCCAAUUGGAUGAGGUACGUGGUCAUCUCCCGGGAGGAGAGGGAGCAGAACCUGCUGGCCUUCCAGCACAGCGAGCGCAUCUACUUCCGGGCCUGCAGGGACAUCCGGCCCGGGGAGCGGCUGCGGGUCUGGUACAGUGAGGACUACAUGAAGCGGCUGCACAGCAUGUCCCAGGAGACCAUCCACCGCAAUCUGGCCCGAGGAGAGAAGAGGUUGCCGAGGGAGAAGUCUGAGCAGGCUCUGGAUAACCCAGAAGACCUGAGGGGUCCCCUCCCGCUCCCCGUGUUGAGACAGGGCAAAAGUCCCUACAAGCGUGGCUUCGACGAGGGGGACGUGCACCCCCAGGCCAAGAAGAAGAAAAUUGACCUCAUUUUCAAGGAUGUGCUGGAGGCCUCGUUGGAAUCUGCUAAAGUAGAAGCCCACCAGCUGGCCCUGAGCACCUCGCUGGUCAUCAGAAAAGUGCCCAAGUACCAGGACGACGCCUACAGCCGGUGUGCAAUGACCAUGUCGCACGGCGUGCAGAAUGCCAGCCGGACCCAGGGGGAGGGGGACUGGGAGCUCUCCCAAGGGGCUUCCAAGGAGCCGGGCGCGCUGGAGGACGAGGAGGAGGAGCGCUCGUCGUUCAAGGCCCACAGCCCCGCCGAGGCCUCCCUCGCGUCCGACCCUCACGAGCUCCCCACCACCUCCUUCUGCCCUAAUUGUAUCCGCCUGAAGAAGAAGGUGCGAGAACUCCAGGCGGAACUAGACAUGCUGAAGUCUGGGAAGCUUCCGGAGGCCCCCAUACUGCCAGCACAGGUACUGGAGGUCCCCGAGUUCUCAGACCCGGCAGCCUCAGAGAGCAUGGUCUCCGGCCCCGCCAUCAUGGAGGACGAUGACCAGGAGGUCGAUUCGGCAGAUGAAUCCGUCUCCAACGAUAUGAUGACUGCGACCGACGAGCCCUCCAAGAUGUCGUCGGCCAGCGGGCGGCGAAUCCGGCGCUUUAAGCAGGAGUGGCUGAAGAAGUUCUGGUUCCUGCGGUACUCCCCGACCCUCAACGAGAUGUGGUGUCACGUCUGCCGCCAGUACACGGUGCAGUCCUCACGCACGUCGGCCUUCAUCAUCGGCUCCAAGCAGUUCAAGAUCCACACCAUCAAACUGCACAGCCAGAGCAACCUGCACAAGAAGUGCCUGCAGCUGUACAAGCUGCGCAUGCACCCCGAGAAGACGGAGGAAAUGUGUCGCAACAUGACCCUGCUCUUCAACACCGCCUACCACCUGGCCCUCGAGGGCCGGCCCUACCUGGACUUCCGGCCGCUGGCAGAGCUGCUGAGGAAGUGUGAGCUGAAGGUGGUGGACCAGUACAUGAACGAGGGAGACUGCCAAAUCCUCAUCCAUCACAUCGCCCGCGCCCUGCGGGAAGACCUGGUGGAGCGCAUCCGCCAGUCACCUUGCCUCAGCAUCAUCCUGGAUGGGCAGAGCGAUGACCUGCUGGCCGACACGGUGGCCGUCUACGUCCAGUACACCAGCAGCGACGGGCCCCCAGCCACGGAGUUCCUGUCCCUUCAGGAACUGGGCUUCUCCAGCACAGAGAGCUAUCUCCAGGCCCUGGACCGGGCCUUUUCUGCCUUGGGCAUCCGGUUGCAGGAUGAGAAGCCGACCGUUGGCCUGGGCAUAGACGGGGCCAACGUCACGGCCAGCCUGCGCGCCAGCAUGUUCAUGACUAUCCGCAAGACGCUGCCCUGGCUGCUCUGCCUGCCCUUCAUGGUGCACCGGCCUCACCUGGAAAUCCUGGACGCCAUCAGCGGGAAGGAGCUCCCCUGCCUAGAGGAGCUGGAGAACAACCUGAAGCAGCUGCUGAGUUUCUACCGCUACUCGCCGCGCCUCAUGUGCGAGCUGCGGUCCACCGCCUCCACCCUCUGCGAGGAGACGGAGUUCCUGGGGGACAUCCGGGCCGUGAGGUGGAUCAUCGGGGAGCAGAACGUCCUCAACGCCCUCAUCAAGGACUACCUGGAGGUGGUGGCCCACCUCAAGGACGUCAGCAGCCAGACGCAGCGGGCGGACGCCUCGGCCAUCGCGCUGGCCCUGCUGCAAUUCCUCAUGGAUUACCAGUCCAUCAAGCUCAUCUACUUCCUCCUGGACGUGACCGCCGUGCUCUCGCGCCUGGCCUACGUCUUCCAGGGCGAGUACCUCCUGGUGUCGCAGGUGGAUGACAAGAUCGAGGAGGCCAUCCAGGAGAUCAGCCGGCUGGCCGACUCCCCGGGGGAGUACCUGCAGGAGUUCGAGGAGAACUUCCGCGAAAGCUUCAACGGGAUCGCGAUGAAGAACCUCAGGGUGGCCGAAGCCAAGUUCCAGUCCAUCAGGGAGAAGAUCUGCCAGAAGACGCAGGUGAUCCUGGCUCAGAGGUUCGAUUCCCGCAGCCGUAUCUUUGUGAAGGCCUGCCAGGUGUUCGACCUGGCCUCCUGGCCGAGGAACAGCGAGGAGCUCCUGAGCUACGGCAAGGAGGAUAUGGUCCAGAUAUUCGAUCACCUGGAGGCCAUCCCAGCCUUCUCCCGGGAUGUCUGCCGGGAGGGGCUGGACCCCCGCGGGAGUCUCUUGAUGGAGUGGCGAGAACUCAAGGCUGAUUACUAUACCAAAAAUGGCUUCAAAGACCUGAUCGGCCACAUUUGCAAGUACAAACAGAGGUUUCCGCUCUUGAACAAGAUCAUGCAGGUCCUCAAAGUGCUCCCCACGUCCACUGCGUGCUGCGAGAAGGGCCGGAAUGCGCUGCAGCGGGUUCGCAAAAACCACCGCUCCCGCCUCACCCUGGAGCAGCUCAGCGACCUGCUGACCAUCGCGGUCAACGGCCCGCCCAUUGCCAACUUUGAUGCCAAGCGAGCCCUGGACAGCUGGUUCGAGGAGAAGUCCGGCAACAGCUACACACUGUCGGCCGAGGUCCUCAGCAGGAUGUCUGCGCUGGAACAGAAGCCGGUAACGCAGACCGUGGACCACGGGUCCGAGUUUUACCCGGAUAUUUAGGGCACUGGCAUCACAGAGUUCACUAAGCUGUUGAAUAUUUUUUUAAUCUAUACUCAUAAGCUUUGAUAUAUUAUAUAAAUAUAUAUUAUAUUAUAUAUAUAUAUAUAUAUAUAUAUAAACCCACACUGAAAAUUUUUAAAAACCACGGUGACAUGUCCACCAGAAGCUACUGGGAGCUUUCAGAAAGGAAUAAUGUCGGAAACUGACUCUUGUCUACAAAAUUUGGCAGCUGCAACGUAUGUGGCAACUCAUUUCCACUCACAGAAGCAUGUGCUGGGUCACACGUGUCCCCACCUGACAGUCAACCAACAGCAUAAGCUAAAAUGACGGGUCUCUGUCGUCGCCCUUUAGGUAGCUAAUUUUUGUUUAUAUUUUCCUCCGGGGCUUGAGGUUUAUGUUCUUCCCUUUUCUUUUCUUGUUUGGUUUUCUGAUGGGGGUUUUUCGGGCUCCUCGUGGCCACGCUGGUCCAGCUGAGUCAGAGCUGUGGUUUUGGAUGGGGUCGUGUGCAUGGAUUGGGGGCUUGACUCGCUUCCUCUCCCACCUGACUUCAGCUUGAGAGAUUUCUAUUCAUUUCCUGACAAGCGUUCCUUCACUGUCUCAGAAACAAGGUGUCAGUCAAACUGUGACCCCCCCCCGCCCCACCUCUCCCUUCCCCGGUCACCUCUCCCGUCCCCGGGUUAUUGAUUCCUUCCUUCCAGCCCCCGGAUACUAAAGGUAUUACUUGUUAUACUGAAGGCAAAAUUGCCUUACAACCGAGCUUGAAAUCCCGGGGAGGGGAGGGGGUUAGCUUUCUGCAUUCCUGUUUUCACAUGCUGUGGGAUGAAAUAAUAUAAUUCCAUUCAGAUCCAGGGCUGGGGGGUGGGGUGGGAAUGAAGAGCCAAGAAGUUUAGACCCCCAUAGGGAGGCAGUUUUUGGCUAAAAACAAGAAAAACAGAAAGUCUAUAUUCAAUUUACAUGAAUUAUUUAUACUCUGUCUUUAUAAUCAUGUAAUGUGUUGGGGGUGUUUUUGUUUUCCUUUAAUAAUCAAGAAACGCCUGCUAUAGUUCAGUGGCAGGAGAAGUCAAUGCAAGUUGUGUCCUGGGUUACACGUAACUCCAACGAGAGUCCUUCUUUUGCAACAGGCUGAUAAAAAGCACAGCCUGGUGGGAAGGCAGGGGGACACUGAGUCGUGCGUCCAUGCCUGUGAACACUUCCUUUUUUGAACAGGGUAGAGAUGUCCUAAAGAACAGGCAGAAAUGAGAUGUAAGACAGGACUCUCAAGGCAUCAGCCUACACACACACACACACACACACACAUACACACACAACCACAAUAUAAGCUUUAGAAAUAGCCACUUGCCUAUUCCCUGGGGCAAGUAGUGGUUUAAGCUGGAGGAGUCUGAUGAAUACUCUUUCAUUCAUUUAACGACCAGUAUACCUCGCAAGGGAGUUUUAAAAAACAAAUGUGCGUGAGCUGUUAAGAACUUCUGUUCAUAUUUCCACGUCUGAUUGAUGCGUAUUUGACACGCAGAGAUCCUGUAUCGUGGAUGCAGGUCAUCUGGGGGGAGGGAGGAAGACGUGCGCUGUCCGUGGUCAGUUAUGCUGGGAGCCACCCCUCUCGGCUGGCAGAGGGUGGGCAAAGGAUGACGUGAUCUGGCCACAGGCGAGGCCCCAGUGUCCCCAACCUGCUUGGCUCAGACAUUCUAAAACUGUGGUGGCUUCCUUCCUUCUUGGUUUAUCUUGUCUCUGAGGCCUCAUGCCACCGUUGAGAACCAUAGUGGAAAUGUCAUCAACACUGAACAUGUCACUCACCCUUCCUGUCCUGCCAGUCCCUUCACCCCCCACAAAUCCCCUCCCCCACCCCCAUGGUCUUGGUGCUAAGAUAACUUUAGAAUCAUUGCUGCUAGUCAAUAGCUUUUCAUUAUAUAAAUAUAUUAUAUAUAUUAUAUAUUAUUUUUGAAAUUUUUUUGUUUGUUUCCAACAGUGAUGUAGCAUGUUAAAAAAAACAAAAAACACAAAAACUGGUUUUCUCUGACUGUCCCACUGCCAGGCCUCAUAUGCUGCCUUCUUCAACAAAUCAAUGCACCCCUGCCUGGUGACAUUCGCCCCCCCCCCCCCCCCCCCCCCAUACUUCCCCACCCGCCUCUGAACAAGGAGAAAGUUUGCAGGAACUAGCGAGGAAAGACCCAGAGCGCUUUGUGACGUGUUGAAAUUCCCAGCCUUGUUCCGCUUCCCCACUUGAAGCUGGUGUCUCUGCUCCCCGCUGGCUCGCCACUUUUGGAACAGGAACUGUGGUCAAGUGGGAUGCUGUCGCAAAGCGCAGGCGUCCGCCUGUCCAUCCCCGGCUUCCUCUCCACCGCACACACCAGCUACUGUGUCUGUGGGAGCUUUCUGGGAACAUCGCACAGGCUGGGACGGGCUGUGGGCGGAGAGGGCUGGUAAGGUGGGGGCCAGAAAUAGUGGGUUGGGAUUCUAUGUUCUCGCCAACAGUUGCCUUACUCCUCCUUCCUCCCUCUGCUCCUCCCACCACUCCAUCGGGGGUCAUCCCCUAGACCAGUCAUUUGGAAACCAGGAAGAGAGAAUCGUUGAUGCCUGAGCGCUUCGUCAGGGCUGCAACUGUUUGCUCGCAAGAGGCCGUGGCCAAAAUUAGCUCAAAUUUUGAUGCAGAGGGGACAAAAAAUGCUUUGAGCCAAUGCGAGUGUGUCCCUGUAUCUCCUGAGAGAGCUAGGAGGUAGUGACCUGCCUCUGGGCUGGAAGCAUGAGUGGCUGCUAGCAGCACGUGGCUGUGGGUGGUCCCCUGCCAACAGGCUCCACACCUAGGUGAGAAGGGUCUUGAAGUUGGGCACAGCACCUCCAAACGCUGGGCGCUCACGGCUUCUGCUGGCUUCAGCCAGGCCUGGGUCGUGUCAGACACACCGAGAGCCUUUUUGCCUUGGGACAGGGCGUAAGCAGGGAACAACUGGGGUGACACACCACUGCAAUUUAAUCAGGGUCUUUUCUCUACCCUGAUGCUCCCGGGGGCUCUGUGCCUCUCGGCUGUGAUUGUGCCUGUGAUGGCCCGUGACUUCUGUCAGAGGUGUUUCCACUCUUCUGCCACCUUGAGAAGGACCCUUGGGUGAUGAGACCCUCGGGGUCCAGCCCAGGGAACCACAGGCCGGGCUGGCCUAAGCUUCCUUUGAUGGGUAUAAAAAGCCGUGGCCGGGCGCUCCUUGCAUCCUGAAUGUGGUUGCUUCAGAGGAGACCCAGCCCCUGGCUUCGGAGGGGCAACCGUUGGCUUAGGAUGACGUGUUUGCAUCUCUGGGGUUGAGACUUGUCCUGAUCGGGCUGGCUGACGAGUGACUUUCUUCCGUUCCUGGAGGGGUGGGAAGUGACAUCAGAUUUGUGGCCAGUUGUGCCAAGCAGACACACUGCAGAGCUUGGCAGCCAGGAGCCCUUGGCAUCCCAAUGGUCUGCUUCUCCUCGAUGGAGGAAAAAGAGCCCCAUUGCCAUCCAGUGUGUGCACCACCUGAGGACAGCCCAGCCUCAUCUGUAACACUUGCGGCGUCAGAAUCCCCAAGGUUUGCCGGCCUGGUUGAAUGCGAGAGUCCGGGCUUCUGGACCCCAGCUUUCUAUUUUUGAUGACGCCUGUGACAUCCUGUCAUGCUGGGCAGCUCCUCACUGUCGCCUGAGCGUGAGAGUGAUCUGGAGCUCCGGGCUCCCUGCGUGGCCAGGGGGUGCUGGGCCCCGAGUCCAGGGCGGGUGGGCAGCAGCCCCAGCCCCCACUACAGGUUUCGUGUUGAGUUGUCUUGCUGGGUUCCCUCUUCUUGACUUGCUGGGAUCCACCCUCUCAUUGGGAGGAAGGACCUUGUGAUUGUUUAAGGUAAUGCUGAAAUCUUUUCCAUUUGUUUGGAAGUGACACCAAGAAGGAGAAAACAGGCAAAGCAUGUUGAAGGCUAAGCAUGAUCGCGGAGAGCCUGGAAUGGGCUCUGGACGUGGCCCUCCCUGGGCUGUGCGGCCGGCAUCCUUCCGGCUGUUCACCUGGAGCCUCCCGGGGUCCAGGACGUGGGCUGGGGCUGAACGCCAACUGCUCUUCUAGACUCUUCCUCUUUCAUUUUUCCUCCCACCCCGUCGAGGAAUGGGAAUUUCGUGUCUAGAGCUGGUUCGGGCUUACGGUCCGGGUUGAUUUCCAAGUAGAAUUGGUGCUUUUUUUAGGUCCCCACGCCCAGUUUGGGCAGGAGGCGCCUGUCACACUGGACCCCGCCCCUUAGAGCAGCCGGCCAGCCAGGCCAGCCUGGGACAGCCGAAGCCGGAGGGGAGGCCAGGCCCAGUGGUCAAGAAAGGCGUGUUUGCAGGGCAGGUGUGCUUGGGAGAGCCCGAUUCCGGACGCCAGCCUCCUGGGGAGGCAGUGCUGGGUCACGGCUCUGGUCCGGUUUCCUCCUGCAUCUUGAGGCGGGGAGACUGUGUCAAGAGAUGUGCAGGGCCCUUCUCCGGCCUGCAGGGAGGCCCUCUCUUGGUCUCUGUUGACAGGGUGCGUUAGCUGGGUGGAUGGAGCUGUGAUGUUUUCAGGGGCCUUUGAGGCGAUCUUCGUGUGUUAGCCAGAAGGAGAAAAAGUGCCCUUUUGGGAGGAAAAUGGUACGACCCUCCUCUUCCAUCUGGCUCCCCCCUUCCCAUCCCUUUGAGUGGUAUCGCCCUGGAAAUACCUAUGCAAUCCCGACUCCUAGGAGACUGCGUGGAAGCAGGGGUAUGUGCAGUGUAUAAUAGAGACGCUACAGCAUCUAUAUUGUAUAUAUGGACAUAGACAGUACGUAUACACACAGAGUAAGAGAGAAAUCACGUCUAUAUAUCUAUAAAUAAUAUCCUAUAUAUUUAUACAUUUCUAUGUUUUAAAUAGAUAUAAAAACAGAGUCUAUAGAGAGCUGGGACAGUAACGGGAAAGCCUGUCGCUGUGUCGUGCGAAGAGGGAGGAGGCAGAGCCUGUGCGGGGCGGGGACGGGAGCUGAGCAGGCGGGGCUUGCUGGGAUGGGGGCCGCCCGCCCCGGAGCGAUGGAGAGGAGAGGACGUGCGUCCCGGCCCUCUCCGCGCACUUUCUCUCCUCUGCCGCAGGCCUGGUCUGAGGUUGGAAGGAGACACCCCCUGAGCUCCAGCUGAAGUGCCCCCCACAUCCCCCCCACAAGCCAACGCUUAGCGGUCACUGCUGCUCGGCAGUGGGACACGGUCUCUGACCCCCUGGUGGAGAGACCACUGCACAAUUUCUCCAAAUACCCUCCCCCGCCGGGAAUGAGCAGCAUUGGUGGCAAUAGGAAAGGUGCGAGCUGGACCGCGCGCGGUCCCCACUCUCGGUGCGUCCGCCGCCCCCUGGAGGCGAACCUCUGAAGUGCAGCCGUCCUGGCCUCGCUGACCGCGCCGCCCCGGGCGGCCAGGGCGCAGAAGCGAAGCGGGCGCGGGGCAUCAGCUAACGGGGAAGGCGGGGAGAGACAAAUCCUCACACUCAAAUUCAGUGGCAACUCCAGUUCAGAAGCAGGGCUUCGGCCCGGCCCGCUUUGCACAGCUGCUGCUGCUGGCUGUACUCAGGACAACGCGCUUCCCUCUCCUGCACUUCACCCCACCGCCACCCUAACAGGCAGGUUUAGUUCAUGUACACUGUUCUGAUUCUGUGACUCGAGGCGGAGGCCGAGCCCGACGCCCAAGCUUGUCCACUUCCGCUGUGGGGGUGGGGGGCGCCUUCCUCCGCCUGUCCCUGCUCCCUCCGCAAGCCGGGCAGGGAUGUCUGGGGCCCGAGGGGGCGCUGGUGCAGCUGGCAGCACGACGGAGGGCGUGUGCAGCCCUGACAGAGUCAGAAGCCCGUUUCACGUCCAGGUUUCUCCGCAGUUUCUUUCCCCUGGAGGUAGGCAGGCGAGGAGGGGCUCAGGGAGCUGCAGACGAUGGGAGACGCCGGGGUAGCCGCACCCUCGGCCCUCCAGGCCAGCCUCUGCCUUCCGGCUCUCCAGAGGCACUGAGCUCCCAUCCCUGAGCCUCCUCUGACCUCCUGUCCUACUCUCCCCCACAUCCUACCAACGGACCUCAGUCCCCAGCAGACCCACCCUACACCCACAGUCCGGGGCGGGUCUGUUCUGCCAAUGCCCACCGCCUCUCCUCCACACCGGCCUGGGUCUCCUUGAGCCACAGCUAGCUGCCCGCCGGGUCUCCAGACACCCUCCAGUGCCCGGCUCAAAGGAGACCAGGCCCGGCGGGUGGCUAGGGGAUGGGCAUCCCCGGGUAGCAAUCCCACAAUGCACUGUACCUCAGAGAGAGAGCUCGCCAUGGGGCAUCAAGGACACCCGGCCCUCCGUCCAGAGGACAGCCGGUUACAACACUGCUCACAAAAGGACAAGGGCCGGGCUGCCCUCGGGCACCCCUCAGUCUUCAGUUUUGUCUCUCCGGAAGAGCCAGCAGUCUGACUGGGUUUUUUAGCCCCUGUCUCUCUCCUUCUCUCCACCCCCACGCUGCUGAACCGUCUCAUUUCAAUCACAAAGGAAAAAUAAAGUGGGGGUGGGGGGAAAUACUUAGGAGUCUAUUAUCACAUGCAUAUUAAUAUGUUAAUACUUUCUUUCUUAAAAAACAACCUCUUGAUGUUAUUACUUUGCAGACUACGCUUUAUAGUACCUGUGUGGGACCUGGGACACUGGAUACAGAUAGAGCUAUGUUGGUUUAUCAUAAUAUGUACGCAGAAACUUUCCUUUUGUCAUAUUAUCCUUGUAAUGUAAGAAGAUUGUUAAUAAAAGCAUUUAAAUUUACUCACCAA